AUGGCCACGACCACGAACCGCCUCCGCAUUGUGGCCCUCCUGCUAGUCGCGGCCACGCUGCUCGCGCAGGCCGCGGCCUGCCCCUACUGCCCGACGCCGCCGCCGCCGCCGCCGCCGCCCCCCGAAGGUGAAGCCGCCGCCGUCGUCCACGCCGUGCCCUCCCCCGCCCUACUCGCCGACACCGACGCCGUCCACACCGACGGGCAAGUGCCCCGUGGACACGCUGAAGCUGCUGGCGUGCGUGGACGCGCUCAACGGCCUCGUGCACGCCGUCGUCGGGACCAAGGCCAGCGACACCUGCUGCCCGCUGCUCUCCGGCGUGGCCGACCUCGACGCCGCGCUCUGCCUCUGCACCACCAUCAAGGCCAAGGCGCUCAGCGUCAGCAUCGUGCUCCCCGUCGCCAUCUCCGUGCUCGUCAACGAGUGCGGCAAGCACGUGCCCUCCAGCUUCACUUGCCCGUAAAUUAA